AGUUGAAUGACAAUUCAAAAACUAGGCAAGAGUUUAUAAGAGAUAUUGAUUAGAUUUCAUUCUGUCGAGUAACAUUUUUGAAAAGACAGCUGAUGACCACGGAUAAUGGAUUUACGCUUGAAACAUCAGAUACCAUUAUUAGUGGUGUUACUUUUAUAUGCAGUACAAAAUGGAGCUUCAACGGACUGUGAUUUUGAGAUUGACGAGUGUGGAUGGGAGCAACUCUCAUCAGACUAUGAUAUGUUUGACUGGAUCAGGAAUAGUGGUCCUACAUCCACUCUACAAACAGGACCCAAAGUAGACCAUACUCUACGAACUACAUUGGGGCACUACAUGUACACCGAGGCAUCAUCGCAAUCACCCGGUGAUUACGCAAUCAUGCGAUCACCUGACAUCGUCCACCUUGACAGCAGCACGGCUAGGAACCUCUGUUUUGCGUUCUCCUAUCACAUGUACGGACUCCACGUAGGAACACUCGACUUGUACUUCUCCAAGUCGGCGACGAGCAUGCACAAGGGCGAUUUGGUGUGGUCGAUGAGUGGCGAGCAAGGGGAUCGCUGGAUCGAGAAGGAGAUCAGGGUAACGGAUUUUAUCUCGACAUCGAAGUCUGGAUAUUUCAUCUUCGAAGGUCGGAUUCUGACCUAUACCUCCGAUAUGGCCAUCGAUGACAUCUCCUUGGGACCGUGUUCUGCCCAUCCAUCACCGAACUCUACGCGAGGAGCGUCUACAGAAAGACCCAGAUCUACAUCUCACAAGUCAACAAAGACGAUAACCAGUCACCCAAAUGACCCGAAUGACUCGAAAAUUGCUUUAAAUAAUGCUGCGUUGAAAUGUGAAUUUGACACUGAUUUCUGUGGAUGGCAGCAGUUAACUACAGAUGUAUUUGAUUGGACACGACACAACGGCCCCACAUCAACUCUCAACACUGGGCCAAGUAAUGACCACACGUAUGGAACUAUGGCUGGCUACUACAUAUACACGGAGUCAUCCUGGCCGCGAUCUCAGAAUGAUUACGCUGUCAUACGUUCUCCUGGUGUCCCACUUGAGAGCACUGAUAUCGACCGAUGCUUUAAGUUCUUCUAUCAUAUGUGGGGGUUGAAUAUUGGCACACUCAGCUUGUACUUUUCGACAUCAGGGACGAUCACGGACCAGGCCGUCGUGGUCUGGUCGAUGAGCGGUCCUCAGACGAACGCCUGGAUAGGAAGAGAGAUACGGGUAACGGAUUUCAUCUCCACCUCCACAUCCGGGUAUUUCCUUUUCAAAGGACAGAUUGACAGUUACACCGCUGAUAUGGCUCUAGAUGACAUCUCCUUGGGCUCUUGUACUGGUAAAGAUUUAUUUUCUCUCUCUAAAUCCAAGAUGGUCAUCUCAAUAAAUGGCGAAAACAGUUUCAUCCAUAGUGUAGAUACAGUUCAUUUUUUAAACAAUAUUGUAUGAGCGUCUUGUUAAUUUAUGAGACAUUUGCCAUAUAAGUCAUUAGAAAGCCUGUGUCAUUAUGCAUGAUAUGGGUAUUUCUUUUUUGGGUAUUCAUACAGUGUAUAAUUUACUAAUAUAUGUUUGUUAGUUUUUGCAAUCAAUAUUACCACAACACAAAACAAAUAUAGUGAUGUAUAAAUGAUAAUCAUAAUGUUUUAAAUAUAAAUCAAUUGAAAUUUUAGUCCACUGACGUAAAUUCCGGGGAUGAGAGAUAUACCCCACACUUUCAGGGAGGGAGGGGCAUGAAGGGGUGGCGUAUACAAACAUCUCUAGCUGAAUUUCCUAGAAGGAAGCGAAAAAAAACCGCCAGUUACUACUAGUAGUAAUACUAAAAGUGCGCCCCGGAAUUGAUAUUUUUAGAUGAUGAUGAUGAUGAUAAUAAUAAUAAUAAUACAGAAUAUGUUUUGUAUAUAGCGCAUUCACAUCUCAAUGCGUGUAAGG